AUGGAAGUGGACUCAAUGGCUGAUCAAGCCCUGGUCGUCAAUGCAGCGUCCAUCUCGCAGCCGUCACCCGGGCCAAUGGACAUGGAAAUCGAACCAGACGAUGGCGUCGUGCGGCCGACUUUUCCUGCUUUGAGUGCCCAGCAGCAAGCAGGCGGCAAGAACGACUUUCGUCGGGUCCGUGUACCCGCACAUCGGUACACUCCGCUUAAGAACGAUUGGGUGAAUCUCAUGAAACCUAUCGUCGAGCAUUUGAAGCUGCAGAUCCGCAUGAAUACCAAAACACGGUGCAUUGAGCUUAAGAAUUCGCCGCAGACGACCGAUGCCGGCGCGUUACAAAAAGCGGCAGAUUUCGUCCAGGCUUAUACUAUGGGCUUUGAAGUGCAAGACGCAGUGGCGCUUUUGCGUCUCGAUGAUUUGUUCAUCGACACCUUUGAAGUCCACGAUGUCAAGAUGCUCAAGGGCGACCACCUGAGUCGCGCCAUUGGCCGCGUCGCGGGCCAAGAUGGCAAAACCAAGUACGCCGUUGAAAAUGCCACUCGCACGCGGAUUGUGCUGGCCGACCAGAAGAUCCACAUUCUUGGCUCGUUUGCCAACAUUAAACUGGCCCGAGAUGCCAUUUGCUCGCUCAUUAUGGGCGCGCCACCCGGCAAAGUGUACAAUAAGAUGCGCAAUGUGGCGAGUCGAUUGAACGAACGGUUUUAA